AUCAGGAGAAGCUGGCAUGGACUCACACAUGGCCUCUCCAUCUGGCUUUUUAACCUAACCUGAACCUCCUAAAGAGCUGAAUUGUGUGAUUUGGUGACCACUGGGAUGCCUUACCAACACCAACUCUGAAGUCCAGCAAGUGUUGGAGGGGGUUUACUUAAAGAAUUGAUUCCUGCUUAACGCCAUGAUGGAUUUAAACAGAUGUUUAAUUUUACUUGUCUUCAUUCUUCCCUCAAAAGUUUGUUUUCAAGCUGGACCUCGGGCACAUGCAGAAGAGAGGCUGCUCCAGGAUCUGUUUGCACAUUACAAUAAGCUGUCCCGGCCUGUGGAAAACACUACAGACACUGUUCUGGUCCACUUUGGACUGUCUAUUGCUCAGCUUAUUGAUGUGGAUGAAAAGAACCAGAUGAUGACUACAAAUGUCUGGGUCAAGCAGGAAUGGAACGACUACAAGCUCCGCUGGAACCCAGAGGAAUAUGAAAAUGUCACCUCUAUACGCAUACCCUCUGAGAUCAUAUGGAGGCCUGAUAUCGUCCUCUAUAACAAUGCCGAUGGUGACUUCGCAGUAACUCACCUCACAAAGGCACACCUGUUCUAUGACGGCCGCAUAAAGUGGAUGCCACCGGCCAUUUACAAGUCCUCAUGCAGCAUCGAUGUCACCUUUUUCCCUUUCGACCAGCAAAGUUGCAAAAUGAAAUUUGGCUCCUGGACCUACGACCGUGCCAAAAUUGAUCUGAUCAGUAUGGCCAGCGAUGUGGAUCAGAUGGACUACUGGGAAAGUGGAGAGUGGGUCAUUAUAAAUGCAGUGGGAAAGUACAACACCAAAAAGUACGAGUGCUGCACUGAGAUCUAUGCAGACAUUACGUACUACUUCAUCAUCCGGAGGCUGCCGUUGUUUUACACCAUUAAUCUUAUUAUCCCUUGUCUGCUUAUCUCUUGUUUGACUGUCCUUGUGUUCUAUUUGCCAUCGCAAUGUGGAGAAAAGAUCACAUUGUGUAUCUCAGUGUUGCUCUCCCUAACAGUGUUCCUGCUACUGAUCACAGAGAUUAUACCGUCUACAUCACUGGUGAUUCCACUGAUCGGCGAAUACCUGCUGUUCACCAUGGUCUUUGUCACACUGUCCAUUAUUAUCACUGUGUUCGUGUUGAAUGUACAUCACCGGUCACCACAGACUCAUGGUAUGCCUCAUUGGGUGCGGAGAGUUUUCUUGGACUUGGUGCCUCGAGUCCUUUUUAUGAAACGCCCGCCUGGUACUGCCAAGCAGCACUGCAAGAAGCUCAUUGAGAUGAUGCACCACCCUACCACGAUAUCUGCAACUGGAAACUCACAGUCCUUUUGGGCGGGGUUAGAGACAGGGUUGAGACAAAUGGGCCAAGUAGAGAAUACACUCUCAAAGACGCCAACAGACAGUCCAAAAAUCCUUGUUUGUUCCCCUUCUCCGCCCUCCUCCCCUCUGGCAGACCCCGAUGAUAAGGAUCAUCCACUGAAGCCCAACAUUUUCUGCCGUUCUCCUUCUGGCCAGUACUCAGUUCUUUCAGAAAAGCUGAACCAACGUGGACUCAACUCUUCUGCUUCAUCUGCUUCCCAGCUGUCCUUGCCCCCAACUUUACCCCUGGGCCCUCUUCGCUGCAUGUCCAUGGAAGAAUCCAAUAAACUGGCCCCAAAUGGUCGCUCACACAGUGUAGAGCAAAUGUGUGACCAUCAGAGGGAGCUUCCUCAGAGGGCAGGUUAUCGGUGUCGCUCCCGCAGCUUCCAGUACUGUUGUCUGCACGAUGAAGGGCCUGGGGCUACAGGGGCCGGUAGGGUAAAGAAACAGGCCCUUAUAAUGGAGCUAGCCAAAACCCUCACAGCAGAGUCAACUAAAGAUGCAAGUACCCAGCAGGACACUGUGGUUCCUACUAUUUCCCCAGCUAUGCAGCAUGCAAUAGAGGGAGUUCAGUACAUCGCUGAUCAUCUCAGGGCAGAGGAUGCAGACUUUUCAGUGAAGGAGGACUGGAAGUACGUGGCCAUGGUCAUUGACAGGAUAUUCCUCUGGAUGUUUGUGCUGGUGUGUAUCCUGGGAUCAGUGGGACUCUUUCUCCCUCCUUGGCUCGCUGGAAUGAUCUGACAUCUCACCAUCAAUGGAUAUGGAGUCUAGAAACACUGACCAGAAACACAUGCUAUCCUAUAUUGCAAAAAGAAGAAGAAUUUCUGAUUUAUUUAUCUUUUAAGUUACCCGUUUUCAUGGAACCGCACGAUUGCCAUUGCCCCAGGUUACACAGAGGUUACUCCCAAAGAAAUUAGAGGAAAUAUCUAUCAUGGAUUCCAAUGGGCAUAUAAAUUCUUUAUGAGGGCAAAAGGGCAACAGUGAAAAUAUCUUUCCGCACCACUUCAUUUUGACAUUGAGCUUUAUAGCUCAAGCUGUCAGUUUGUGAAGAGACAGUGAAGAAUGGACUUUGACUUAUUCGUAACUGAUGGACACACUACAGAUAGACCAACAUAUUAUUUCUGACAUGGAAUCAGUUAUUGAUGAACAAUGAAAACAAAAUUGUGAGGAUGUCAGGCAUUGCACAUUUUUGCAAUGAGACCCCUCCUCUUUGUGACUUUCUAUUUGCAGUUUGAGUAUUUAAUGAAUUCGGUAUUUCUUUCCACCAUUUUACUUUUACGACACUGAGCCAUUACAGAGGUAAUGUGUCAAGGCCUAGUCAGAUCAGUAUUCUAAAGGGGAGCGUGCAAUUAUCGGGAUGUCAUUCAGAAACUGAAUAUAGAAUUUAUACCUUUGUUUUAAUUAGUCUAUAAUCCUAAAACCCUAAGUAUGUUGGAAAUGUGUUUUUUAAUGUGUUAAAGUAGAAUGUGCUGUUCAGGCUAACACACUGAGCUAGUUCCUCCAUGAAAUCCGACAAGUUUCAGUCAUAUUUGUUUUUUCAGUAGCUCUGAACUGACUUUUUCUUUCUUCUGUUUUAUGGUGGUUACUUUUCAGGUUAAAGGGCCUUUGUCACCUCUUACUGUGAGUGUGGAGCAGGGUUAUUAUACCCUAAGUAACAGGUCCAGAAUGGACUAAACACAACUGUCUCUAAUGAGGUACUAAUGUCUGGCAGCUUAGGCAAAGGGGAUUCAGUUGGUUUUACCUUCACUGCCGGAUCCCUCUACGUAUUUCCACUUAACCUUGAAAGGGAUAGAGUAUUUUAUGGAAAACAGGGUUUUAAUUUUUUUUCCAUAACAGAAAGACCCAGAGGUUCAAAAAUUCUGUUACAUGGUCAAGUGUGCAGAUUGGAAUUGUGCAUAUUUGUGAUGUUACUACUAUACGGUCAUACUAACACCUGGUACGUCUAUGUGAUGGUAUCCAUGGCACCAAGAAGAAAGGGCAUGGGCAGCAGCUUAUUUACAUUUACAUCAGCUAAUACUUAGUUUGGAACAGAGUUGAAACCAGGGGUAUGACAUGGAAAAAUGAAGAAUAUGUGUGGUAUUUUCACCUGAAACUUAUAGGUUUUGCCCUUCAGAUAAAGUUGAUGCUAGAAUGGAUCACCUGGAUGGACUUUCCACUCUGUGUCACUAUGCAGCUGGGACCGGUUUAUCAGAUGAUACUAUGCUAAAAUAUGUGGUUAAACUGCUAGCAUAGCACACUAAUAAUAAUCACUAUCUCACUUAGAUAACGCAUUACAUGAGUACAUAUAUACCCCAUAUAGAGCAGACCUAUAAAGAUGUAAACAAUGAGACAUUUUGCUCAUUAUAAACCCUCUGCCAACUUCUGUCCGAAUGGGUAUUGUA